AGGUCUUCCUACUGUCGGAACUAGCUGACCUCUUAUCAUGGUCACACAGAUAAAACGGGAAUUAUGUGUGUGGCAAAAUUUGAAAUAGUUCGGACAGGCCAUGUGUGCUGACAGCUUUGAAUUGCACAUCCGGAACAGAAAGCAAACAUCUCGCCGACGUGAAGUUUGUCAACUAGCCGGCUAGCUCAACAUGUGUUAACAUUCGCCGACGAGCUCACGACUUUUUCCACAGCAAGUCGUGGAUAGGGUUGGUAAGCAAUGUGAAGAAAUCACGAGUCUAGCGUAAGCUAACUUUUGCUUAUGAUUUCUGUUGUUCUGAGCAUGGAAUGCGCAACGUUUUCUAAGUAUUCAUGGCUGGAUUUCCUCUUCUCGGUAAUAGGUGUUUGCACCUUCAUUUUCGAUUUUGGAUCUGACUUGUGGGUCGCCAAGGAGUUCUUCUUGCAUGGGAAUUUCUUCUGGUUCGGAGUGUUUGUCGGCUUCAUGGUUCUCUCCUCAUUCGUGGUCCAGAUGUUUAGCUGGUUCUGGUUUCACUACGACCGAAGACUUGUGGGCAACCAGGCGGGAACAACUUCGGAAAACGUACUUCUGAGCGAUGAAAAACAUUUAAAACUGUGCUGCUGGCUGCAUAUUCUUCAGCUGGGGGUCUUUUAUAGGUAUGCCUCGGCCAUCCGGCAGGGCUUCCAGGUGUGGUGGCGUGGGGAGCAGAGUUCGGCGUACGCCGUGUACAUGACCCACGACCUCAGCAUGCUGCGGCUCAUAGAGACCUUCUGCGAGAGCGCCCCCCAGUUGACCCUCAUGCUGUACAUCAUGCUCUGCACCAACCAGGCUCUCCCUGUGCAGUGUGUGAGUGUGGUGGCCUCCACCACCACCGUGGCCUGGAUGGUGGUGGACUACCACCGCUCCCUGCGCUCCUUCCUCCCGGACAAGGAGCGUCAGGGCUGGGGGUCCGCCGCCGUCUACUUCCUGUGGAACCUGCUGCUGAUAGCGCCCCGUGUGGCGGCCCUGGCCCUCUUCGCCUCCAUCUUCCCCGCCUACGUGGCGCUACACUUCCUCCUCCUGUGGGUGGCCCUGUUCCUCUGGGUCCGGAGGCAGGAGACCAGCUUCAUGGACAGCAGAGAGGGCGAGUGGCUCUACCGGGCCACCGUAGGCCUCAUCUGGUACUUCACCUGGUUCAACGUGGCGGACGGCAGCACCAGGGACCGGAGCGCCAUCUACCACACCUUCAUGGCGGUGGACUGCGGGAUCCUCAUGGUCACGUGGUGGGUGUACAGGGAACCCUGGGACACGCAGUCCUACGCCCUCGGCCUGGCGGUGGCCGUAGCCCUCAGCUACGUGGCAGGGCUCCUGCUGAAAGGCCUGUACUACGCCCGUUUCCACCCCGGCCUGCUGAGGCCCAGCGAUCAGGCGGGGGAGGAUGUCCCCGAUGGGCUGGUGCACUACGGGUCGUUCACUCUAGAGGCCGCGCCCUCGUCGCGAUGGCAGAACAGGAGGAUGGCGGGCCAUGCCCAACAUUUCUACGCUCCGGAGCCGCCCCGGCCUGCUGUCCGCAACAAUAGCAGGAGGCAAUCCAGCAGCACUCCCUGAGGGAGCCAUUUUGGCUCAUCCAUCCAUCCAGAUGUUUCACUGAGAUGUGAUGAAUUUUAUAGAUUUGACUACUUUUUUUCACGCAGUUCACCAUUAUAUAACAGGCCUCUAUCAACCUCUUUUUUCUGGUGAUGAAUAUGCC